CAUCCUUCCUAAGCGCACCAUAGAUAAGAGAAAGCGGACACGGAUAUAACCUCACAAAUUGCGGCACCAAAUCAAAACAAAACUAUAAAAUCUUUGCUGCCUCUUAAGCCAAAUUAUAGGUGUAAAGUUUUAUUAUUCAGAUAAGGCUGUUUAGUUUUAAUAAUGGUAAAGUUAGGUGAAACAUUUCCAAACUUUUUUGUAAAAACCACGUUCGGAGAUAUGUAUUUACAUGAUUGGUUUAAGGAUUCAUGGGGUGUUUUCUUUUCCCAUCCCGCAGAUUUUACUCCUGUAUGUACAACCGAGUUGGGAAGAGCGGUACAACUGAAAGAAGAGUUUGCGAAGCGUAACUGUAAACUGAUUGCUUUAUCUUGUGACUCGGUAGAGUCUCACUUGCUAUGGGAAAAGGAUAUAAAAUAUUGGGCAGGUAGAGAUAGUGAGUUUCCCUUUCCCAUUAUUGCAGAUGAAGACAGGGAACUGGCUAUAGUUUUAGAAAUGCUCGAUCCAAGCGAAAGGGAUUCUAAGGGCCUUCCAUUAACUGCAAGAGCAGUUUUUAUUGUAGAUCCCGAUAAAAAAUUACGUUUGUCAAUAUUAUAUCCUGCUACAACAGGAAGAAACAUGAAUGAAAUAUUGCGGGUUCUAGAUUCCCUAAAACUUUGUGAUAAGUACAAAGUAGCGACACCCGUCGAUUGGAAGCAAGGAGAUGAAGUUAUGAUUCAACCUACAGUAUCUGAAGAAGAGCGCAAGGUUUUAUUCCCUUCUAUGACAAGUUCAAGUUUACCUACUGGAAAGAACUAUAUUAGGAAGACAUUUGUCAAUUAAGACUAACUAAAAUCUCAGUUGUAUAGUUGUUUAUAAUGUUUUGUAUUGCUAUUCUUAAGGAAUAAAUUGAAAGGAUAACAUUUUAUUAAUA